CGCAGACCGGAGGCGGUGCGGAGAGGAGAGAGCGGAGAUUGCGGGCGUCCGGGCUUUAAAACCGGGCGUCACCUCGCGGUUCUGCAUCAGCAUCUUUAGGCCGAGAGAACAGCUGAGACACACCGAGACGCGCGCGCUGCUGCUUCGGAUUUAUCAUAUGCAAUGAUGUCACUGCAAAAGCCUCUUUUGAGACGCAGUGCGUCAACAGUAGAAUCGACCAAUCACAGUCGUCCUUUGUUGACUCCACCCACAUCCCUUAAUUUACGCUCCUCCCACAACCAGCAGCUCAACUGUGACACCAUAAAGGAGGGUGUGGUUGCGGUAUCCAAGGAAACACAAGGCUCUACAGCGCCCUCUAAGAUUCGGCAAAAGUAUGCGCUGACGAAUAUACAACAUGCCAUGGGUCUGAGCCAAAACUCCGCCCCUCAAUGCCAAAGCCACGUCCCUUUGCACAGUAAACCCGUCCCGACAAAAUCCGCCUCCUCUUCAUCUCUGUACUGCUCCUCCCUUUCGUAUUCCACGUCUAAUCCCAAACUGGCCAAAAAUGGCACCAACCUGCAACUGAAAGAGGAGCAGCUGGACCUCAACAAAAACACCAAGAACCACAAUGACAUCAUGAGCAGGAGCAGCUGUGAUUGGCUGGAGGGAAAAGACACCCAGAAGAAUCCACCAAUCCGAAGGAGAACCAAGAGUUUUCUCGAGUACCAUCGAGAGGAGGAGGAGGUUUCCGACAGCCCUGAUAAAGACCUCCUCACGCAGGGCGAUGAGAAACACCUCCUCCCGAAGCUGGAGGUGCAGACCUGGGCUGAAGAGAACCGUGUGGAGGUGCACCUCACCCUCCCCCAGAAUCACCUGCUGCUCUUGCCCAGCGAGGAUGAGGAGCAAAGCCCCGAACAGGUGGACGUAUACGAACAAGCGCUCCGCCCAAACAACGAAUGGGUGAGCCGGGCCAAAGAUGGGUCAGUGGAAAGCAGCAGUUCUCCAGGCAAAGUCAGACUGCAGAUGAGCCCAGCAUCCAUGCUCCGUCUGCCUCUGAGAGGGGAAGAGACCGAUGACUUGCCUAGACGUCCAACACGACCUGAGAAACAGGUGGAGGAAGAGGAGGAGGAGGAAGAUUCCAGCUGGACGACACUGUCACAGGAGAGUCCAUCUGUCGAUACACCUCACGAAGCAGGUGUAUGGGAUGAGCAUUCUCAGGUGCACGACGUGUCACAGGAGUAUUUUUGGCAUGUUUCAAUGGACACCACUCAACUAGAUCGACCUGCAACCCGUGACACCCGCGCUGACCCGGAGACCUCGCCAGUUCAACAGGAAGUGAAGGGGGAUUGUCUGUCUGUGCCCCCCUCUAAAGCACAGAGUGAGAGGCCCAGCAGUAUAGUGUCAGACAGUUCUGUAGAGCCUGUACCUUCAUCAGCAGCUUCCUCUCCCUCCUCUUCCUCGCUGUGUUAUGAGGCGAUGGGACGUGCAGCUAGUUUUCUCAACAACAACUAUCUGGACCUGACAGAGACAUGUGAGCCCAGAGAGAGAGACAAACGAAGAGAGAGAGAAAGACAGGAGGAGAGAGAGAGUUUGGGUGCUCACGGAGGUCCGUACAGCUUCAUUAACCACAGAGCUAAAGUCCCAUCAGCCCCUGCUGAUACAGUCAUACCCAUCAAUGAGCUGGAAACACAGGUGUUUGCGGUUCAUUAUCUGGGCUGGUUAGAGGUGCGAGAUUCAGAUAUGAUGUGCAGGAAAAGCGGCGCGGUGGUUAGUGAAUGUAUCCAACAGCUGCAUUGGCGGCGAGAGAAUGACAGCACAAGAGACAGGGCGGGGGGACAAGCGAUGCUAUUGGUUCUGCAGGAUGUCACUCUUACCCUGAUUGACCCGACUGACCACACCCUCCUGCACUCUCAGCCAAUCAGCUGCAUCCGUGUAUGGGGAGUGGGGCGGGGCUUCAGCAGGGAUUUUGCUUAUGUGGCCUGUGACAAGAACACGCUUGUGUUAAAAUGUCACGUCUUUCAAUGUGACAGUCCAGCAGAAUCCAUUGCCAGUAGCCUGAAGCUCAUCUGCUCCACGAUUAUGGCCGAGCGGAGAAGUGCUGGUUCUGUCGCAGGAUCUUCAUCUCAAUUCAGUUCAGAUGUUCCUCUCAGAGUAGAGUUUCCAACACCAAAGACUGACAUCCAACACAGUUUCCAUGUGCUUUAUCUCGGAAUGACCUCAGUACUGAGACCAAUAGGAAUGGACAUGAUAAACGGAGCGAUAGACAGUCUGAUGUCCACUGCAGGGAAAGAAGACUGGACACCCGUCGUGCUCAAUGUCGCUGACGCCACGAUCACUGUCAUCAAAGAAAAGGAAGAGGAGGAGGAAGUCUUAGUGCAGUGUCGCGUGCGGUUCCUGUCGUUUAUGGGUGUCGGUCGCGACGUCCACACGUUUGCGUUCAUCAUGGACACGGGAAACCAGCACUUCCAGUGUCAUGUGUUCUGGUGUGAACCCAAUGCUGGGAGUGUGUCAGAGGCCGUACAGUCAGCAUGUGUGUUGCGAUAUCAGAAGUGUUUGGGGAAGAGCAGCUCCUCGUCCCCGCCCACUUCUGACUCCGUAACACGCCGCGUGACGUCCAGCGUGAAGCGUGGGGUCCAAUCAAUUAUAGACACUCUGAAAAAGAAGCCCGCCCCCGAAGUUCCCCACCAGUGACAGAACAGAACAGCAGUGAUGGACAGCAGGUGGGGUUGUAUACUUAAUGAUGCAGCCAAUGAGAAACACACAACCCAACGCGAAGACGACAACAAAAAAUGACAAAAGAUUAAUGAGGAGCGCUUUUCGAGAAGAACUUUACCUUUGACCUUUAGUCAUGUCAGUGUGCGGAAUGAAGCAUGCCUAUGCCUUACACCAACACACAUGUUCUCACAGUAUUUUCUCCAAGUGUUUGGAGAGUGUCGGAGUGAAAUCAAAGUUCAUAGAUCAAUGUUGUUCAUGUGUGCUGAAUUCAGAUUUGAAUUGUGUGUUCCAUUUCACAGCACCCACUCAGUCAAACUAUUCACACACUUGGGAAAUUAGAUCUUUUGAAAUUUUUCUUCUCUUUCUCACGAAAUUUUGUGGAUAUUUUCCGGUGUUGGGUAGCAGGUGAGGAAAGGUUUGUGUAAAGUGUCAGAUUUUAGUGUGGCUUCACAGAGCUCACAUAUCAUGGUGAUAUAAAGAUGUGUUUUCUGUACUUGGGAAUGAUGUAAUACACUGGAGUUUGUCUGUGAUAUCUGUGUGCUCCGAUUUAUACUGUUACAGAGAACGAAUCGGGAAUUGUGAAUGUUUUAUGAAGGUUUAAUCUGGUCACACAUGCACUCUCCUUUAAUUAACAACACGGCUAGAAACAUACUCUACACAAGUCCCAUUUGACACAUUGAACAAACUUUAGUCCUCAAAUGUCUGAGCCACUAAAAAAGAUGUCCCUGGACCAUAAUAAUAAUAUGGAAUAUUCCUGCCAUCAGUGCAAUUGAAGCUUGAAGUACCAGCUGUUUUCAGCAGGGGGCAGUAAGCGAAACUCCAGCUGUACAGACAGCAAACACACUUAGACUUAUUUGACACUUGAGACAGCACAAGAUGAGAACGUGUUCUUGCGUUCAAACAGAGCUGGACGGAGCACAAUUCCAAAUGCUGUUUUUCAAAGUUUCAAAAUACGUUGAAGUAUACAGCGACCUAAAAACAUGACGCAAAUGACGCGGAACACACUCAUUUAGCCUUUUAACAAAGUUAAAUGUAACAAUAUAAUAAUAAAUUAAAGAAAUUGCAUAUAUAUAUAUAUAUAUAUACAUACACUGUAUAUAAUAAUAAUAAUAGUAGUAGUAGUAUUAGUAAUAAUAAUUGUGAUUAUUAUUACUAUUACAUUAAGUAUUACAUUAUACUAUACGCAAGUUGUAUAUUUUUUAGUCGCAAUUUCUUCAAUUCCAUGCAUCAAGCUUUUAUUUUAUAUCAAGCAUUUAUUUUGACGUGAAGACUUUUCCGCGUCUGUGUUGUUGAUGGCAGUUUCACACCUUCGAAAGACGUUGGUUAAAUGGCCCAGUGUGAUUAUAAAAGCACAAAAUGCUGCGAUUUAAUUAUAAAAAUAUAUAGUCUGCAGGCACUGCGCACUUUACAGUGAAUGUGCACUCUCUUCUGUCAUCUACUACAACAAGCACAACGCAUGAUGCUCAUAAAAUUUGGUGUUUUCAGUGUAUGAGCAGCUUCACAUAUUCACUUUGAAGCGUGCAGCACAUACAGACUGUAUAUUUAUUUAAUUAAAUCACAACCUUUUACAUUUUAAUAAUCACACUAGGACAUAUCAUGAUUUUAAUUGGAUUAAUUGUCCAUUUCAGUGUAAAAGGAUUAACUGCAUGCACUGAUAAGCGUGUGAGCACUUGAAAGCAGUCGUGUGACACACCGAAUUGAGUCUGUGCUCAGUACUACCGGUACCGCAGAAACACUGGUAUCGGCAUGGUACUGAAGUACCGGUACUUUCAACAUCCCUACUAUAAAUGUUGCUUUAAAGCCAAAAUUGAAUCAAAAACUGACCCUAUUUGCUUUCUUAAUACACAUUUAUGUUCUUAUUGUACACGAUUUUUCAUCAGUGAACAUUAUUUCAUAGAAAAGAAUGUCUUUAUAAUAUUUCAUAAAAAUAUAGUAACUUGCUUCGUCUCUGAAACGACACCAGUUGACAUCAAGAAGUCUUCUUAUUUUCCACCCCCUGCUGAAAAGACCAGCAAUGAUGUUCACCAGCUUCUGUGAAACUGCACACCAGGCUUCUUAACUAGCUUAACCAGCUUCAUUAGAAAGACCAUGCAGGUCAGCCAACUUCACCAGCUUGGUUUUGCUGAUGAAAAGCAUGGCUAUGCUAUACUUGAGAAGCACCAAACCAGCAUUAACCAGCUUAGACCACUAUGGGAAUUGCAUGCUGGUUGAGCUGGUAGUGAUAUAGACACUCUGCACCAUCCAAUCAAUUGCCACAAUCCAUCAAGUAAAAUGAGUUUUCACAUUGACUUCAACUUUCCCUCAGCAAGAUUCUCCUCAAACUGUUGCUCCGUGAUGAAAGAGAGAAAACUGACUGUGUAGGAGGCCAAUGCCAACCAUAGCAUCCCUAGUGGCAAAUGCCGAGAAUGCAACUUGCGUUAUGCUACAAAUCGGCAAACCUCACAAAAACUGUCAAGAAAUAUCCUGGUCAUAUUCAACCCCCAAAUGAAUACAAAAAAAAAUAUUAAAUUAUAUUUUGCACCAAGACAAUGAAGUCUACAUUUAUGACCAUUAAGAUUUUUUGCAGGACACUUAAAGGUGCUGACGAUUUUAGCCAUUCUAGGAUUUCCACAAGCUGUCAAGAUGAACCGUUGGAUUAGCCACGCCCUUUUUCUAACCCCCCCCCCCCACCCACUCCAAAGAUACCAAAUGAGCUUUAUAUGAGACCGACACAAGCAGAAACGGUUGUCAAAAACAACAGCAGCAGCAAAACAGCGCCCUCAACUGACAACUGUUAUGAACAACAUGGCAUAAAAAUGGCAUUAAGCCUCAAUAAUAACUACAAUACUAUGAGAGUGUGCAAAAUGAUUAACAGGCAGUAAGCGUUUCAGGGGGUAGUACAAUUUUUUGUGUACCAUUCUAUGAAAAAAAAAAAAUCAAUACAGCACCUUUAACCACAUUUUACCCCCCAGUUCUUAUUACCGUAACGCGUCCGGACGUUUUACGGUAACACUUUGUAAUAAGGUUACAUUUGCUAACAUUAGUAAAUGCAUUAGGUAUCUAUAACAAUUAAACUAUAUCAUUUUUUCAGUGUUUAUUAAUCUUUUUUAAUGUUAGUUAAUAAAAAUACAGGAUGAACAGUCAAAUAAACAGGGCAGGUCACCCCUACAAAACUAGCUGCUUAAAACACAGAGUCAGCACUAUUGCCGAAGAGCACAAAUGCAAAGAACCAAUCACAGUUCUUGAAACUCAAGGUGCUGCUCUGGCAGCUGGCGGGGAGCAUGGAGGAGUGUGACUGGCUUGAUGUCACAACAGCUCGCAUCUUAACGCCAGCACAGAGAUUUUAUUAGCAGUGCAAUAAGGAACAGCGAAUCGCCAUCACACAGGUGGAACACAGGGCAAAUCAGCUGCACCUGAAACAGGCACACCGAGCACACAGACAGAGAAGGAGCAAAGCAGAACAGUAGCAAUGCACAACACGGGACGUAACACCCGUUUUACUUUUACUAUUCCCAUUGUCUUCAAUGAUAAUUCUCAUUACUGUAACAGUACUUUUUUUACUGUACUACAUGAUUUUGUAAAUCAAUCUCAACCUAAAUGAAAGGCAAAACCAAGGAGGUGCUAAUAUGAUGUAUAAAUACUUUACAAUUUAAAUACUAUUUUUUAUCAUGUUGUGGAAGUCGUAAUGGCAAUCUUUUUUUGUGUUUUUUUUUUUUUUUGCAUUGCGGUAAUGAACAUGUUCGUACAGUUCGUGCAAAUAAUUCCACAAUGUAAAAACAUUUUAUGGCCCAAAAAAAUCGGUUUCAUUUUUUAAAUGCGCAUUAUCAUUUAUUUAUUUAUUUAUUUAUUUUUGUUUGUUGUUGUUGUUGUUGAUUUUGGAGUAAAAUAGGACCAAGACAUUUUCUUGACAAGUCCCGUGAGAAUCACCCUCAUUGCGGCCGGAUACAUUUUGGAAUCCAACGACAUAAUUCAGCUGUAGCUUGAAGCAUCUGCAUUUACGUACUUGUGUAGAGUGUGUUUCAGGUGAGGUGAACGACACACACAUUCACACAGUGAAAUCCCUGCUAAAGUAUAAGCUUCAGAUGUCAUAAACACAUGAAUGUUAUUUCUCACAAAAUGGUUUCUAAACCCAGAUAAACUGACCACUAAACACUCUCAUUUUUACACCAUACUAAUGUAACCUGUUGUGGAAAUAAAUAACAUCAAAC